AUGGGGCUCGUAAAGAGCCCGCUGUUGCUGGAUCACAAUCGCAAACGGUUGUUCCACUGAAUCAACAGCAACACCAUAGCAGCAAUCACAGCACCAGCACCAAUACGAACAACAACACCUCGAGCAACAACAACAACAACAGCAGUAGCAGUAGCAGCACUGGCAAUAGUAGUACCAGCGGCAGUGGCAACAACGGCAGUAGCAACACCAAUGGCAACGGCAGCAAUGCCAACGCUUCCAAUCACAAUUCACAUAACGCGACGAUGGACGCGUUAGCCGCCAGUUCAUCGUUCCAGUCACCCUUUGGCAACAACCUUGGCAACCUUUUGCAACACCAGCAGCAACAGCAGAGCCAACAGCAGCACCACCUCCAGCAUCAGCAGCAGAGCCAACAGCAGCACCACCAACAGCUACAGCACCAUCAGCAGCAGCAGCAGCAGCAGCAACACUUUCAGCAACAAUCGGCAAUGAUGAAUAAUGCCUCAAUGAUGCAUCAGCAGCAACAGCAUCAACAGCAACAACAACAACAGCUCCAUCAUCAGCAGCAGCAACAGCAUCAUCAGCUUCAGCAGCAGCAACUUCAGCAACAGCAGCUCCAUCAGCAGCAGCAGCAGCAACAGCAAAGCCUCAAUGCCGCAGCAAGCGGGAACGGCUCCAGUGGUAGUCACCUAGCAACGGCCGCUUCGAAUGCCGCUCAGCAGCAGCAGCAGCAGCAGCACCAUCACCAUCACAGCAACCAUUCCCUCAGUGCCGCCGCCCAGAACGCAGCCCUGAUGUCGCAGCGCAAUCCAUUCGGAUUUGAUUUUAAUCAUUUCCAAAGCAACUACUAAGCGACCGGUCCGGGGGCGCGCACUGUGAACGCUAUACACCGGGAAAAGGCUGUGCUAGGAUAACGACAAAAACGGCACCCUCUUCCCCGAAGAGGAGGGGGGCAGUACACUUCCUCCUACCCUCAGGUGCAGCCAGGAGAUACAGUAUGCAUGCAGACAGAAGCCAGGCAGGACAUGCAGCAGGAGGUGGCAACGAAGCAAAACGCGUGGAAUGCUUUGCUAAAGAGGUAUAGCAUAACAAUUGGCCCGUUAUUGGAAAAUUGCAAUCCACCGAAGCGCACAUUCCGCUGCCGGGGGGGGGACACAAUCCCCUGAUAAGUAUGUGUGCGUGUGUUAUGCCUGCCUCCAGAAGAGGAAGCCCUACAGCCAUGUUCGUUUUCCUUUGUACCCCGUGGCCUGGAACACAAUGAACCGAGGGUUGCGCUGGAACAACACGGACGUCGUCGUCGUCGAACACGGCAGGAUGGACAACAUGGUCGACGUCGAUGAUGUUUCUGCUACUACGCGCCGAUGAAGUCUCGUUGGUUAAAAUCUGUUCGAAAGGAAGCAACAAGUACCCCAAGGAGAUGGUAGAACGGGCGAGACAAAAUCAAAAAGGAUGAUGCGGAUGUCCUUCCACCGGAAAAUUCCGAUAGAAUAGUAUUAAAUCAAGCAAAAAAACAAACGAUGAAAAGUGGGCCAGCACAUGCACACCACGGUGUGCAAAACGGGUGUGUCUUGUGCGUAUCAAAAACAGGAGAGACAAACCGGAAGAAAACUAGUCCCGCCGCUGGUUGGUCUGGUACGGUUUUGUCGGAUGUAAAACCAUGUAAAUAGAGCAAAGAAGAAACUGAAGAAAAGCAAAAAAAACUGCAAAGAUACCAAACUUAGAGGGGCACGAAACGAGAGGCGAAAACAAAAAGAACUCAAACAUUCGCAGGAUAGCUGUUUUAGCUAGGAUCAAGCGCUCCUACCUGCACCAUCACCAUAGCUCUAUCUUGAUUAGGUAAGUGAGAAUAGAACAGAAGAACAAAAAUCAGAAAAACAGCAGCGGCAACCCCGGCAAAGCGCAGAAGAUUAAAGAAAAUUUUGUUAGAAGAAAUUUUAGGACAAAUUUACAUAUUGGCAAGCAUGGCUCCGCAAGUGGAACAGGAAAAGGGAGCAUAAAUUGGUUGAAAAAAAUAGAACAGCAAGAACACGAGAAAGCUAACCGAAAUACCGAAAUGUUACUAAUGCGAAGAAGAAAAAAAACAAAAAAGCGCCCUCGCUGCUGUGUUAAACUCUGUCCAAGACAGAAAAUCGAGUAGGAAGGAUCGAGGUUGAGUUGCGAAUUGAGCAGCAUUGUGGAUCGCGGUUGGUCAUAGGCAGGAAUGUAGCAUCUCAAGUAGGAGCCGCCGCCACUACGACUAGCAGCUAGCGACGGAAAGUCAUGCAUUAAACCCCCUGGUGUAAAGAAGGUGAGCUCUGAGCAGCUGAGCUAAAGCACGGUGGACAUGAUAUAACGUAGACCAAAUAAUUAAAUUCGUAUGUAAAUAAUGCCAAACAGAUACACAGACACACACCACACACCACAGAUACACAGGGAAGGAUGAAGAGAGAGAUAGAGAGGAAACACUCGGUACAGCAGAUAACAUCCCAGAAACCUCCUUCCAUUCUCACGGUCCUAGGGAGAGAGAGAGAUAGGUGUAAAUAGUGGCGCGACUUCCGGUGGCCACGCGCCAAUAGAAAGUGAUUUCGGUUUUAUUAAGGGUUUUUUGUUUUGGUUUCCUGCUCAUGAGUUCUCGGGUCCGGAACCGCACAAUGUGUGUGUUAGCGGACGACCGGUAUGACGCCCCUAGCGCCUAUUACGACGGGUGGUCGGUUGUGUUGUGCAAAGGGAUUUAUGGAAGCACUACAGGAAUUCGCCUUUUUCGACCUUUCCUUUUGCAACGCCCGUACUAUUACAUUAUAGAUUUCCAAUAAUUUAUCGCGUAAGCUUGUUAUAUUUCUUAGACUGAGACGCGAGUGUGUGUGUAUGUCGAUGAGCUAAGGGGGGCUAAGGAGGGGGGAAAGGAGAGGAAUCUAAACCUGUUUCUAGUGAAAUUAGCAGUAGUUAAAGUCAAAUUUUUAAACAAACACAGGAAGGAGGAAACACUGUAAAGAACAAGAGAUCAUGGUGUCCCUGGUUUUGGUCGCGUGUCUCUCUGUGUGAGCUAUUAUACUCUACACGAUCGUGUUUGAAUGUCCAUGUGUCGGUGUGUGUAGUUGUGCCCCGCAUGUGUGUGUGUGUGCGUGUGCGUGUGUCCUGUGUAGUAGCCAGCAGUGGGCUGUAGUAGCUGUAUCAGGCAGCAGGAAUGUUUGAGAGAUAAAGGGGUCCCACCCUUUCGCCUAGCAGCAUUAAGAAUGGGGGAUUGGAGCGAGAUAGAAGGAUAGAGAUCGCUUGUAAAGAAAUCGCUGUAUAUUGAGUUAUAGUUAUGCGCGCGGGAUAAGUUAAACAAUUUGUUUUUAAUUUUAACGAACUGUGAUGUAAAAACAUAUUUAUUUAUAUUUAAAACCUAUCCUAUACAUAAAACCAACAACAACAACAGACACACACUCACCUUACCAUACACACAGGCACACAAACACGCGUGUGUGUGUGUCUCUAUGUGUCUCGCAAUCGAUAGUAGCAAACCUUACUGUCCACAGGUGCCGAUAGGUGACGGAGAUCACUGAAACAACUUGUGUGCGCGCGGAUAGAACUCGAACCGACCGUUUAUAGCCAAUGAUGUAGAAGCGAACGAAUGAACCUGACGCAUACCAGACAGAGAUUGAUGGAAGGAAUUGUCGCGCCGCUCGAGCUCUUGUAAAGAUCCUAGGCAGUAAGGCCCUGAAACCUGAGGUAAUAAUAAAGUCGAUUGCAGACGAGGAUUGCGGAAGAGGCAAGCUAAUAAUGUGGUCCUACCUACUGUUACUGAGUAUGAUGCAUAAACCCCCUAAGCAUAAUAACCGUGAUGUGAAAUGAAGUGGAGUGUAAAGCACCCUCCCUCUCCCCUUUAUCUGACCCCCUCCCUAUCCAAAAAUGGAAUGUGUAUAGUUGUAGAGAGAUCUGUAAUCAUCAUCCUAGCCUCCAGUGCGCUCUCUCGUUUAUCUCUACAUUUCUCUCUCUCUCACUCCCGCAAAAAUACCCUUAAUUGAUUGAGCAAACGAUAUUGCCUGGAGGAGAUCAAUAAAAGUGGGACAAAAAAUACUGGAGAGAAAUAAAACAAACGCUACACGUGGACCGAUCAUCAUUGUCAUCCCGUACAUGUACAUAACCGAAUCCAUAUGCAAACUGAAUGCGCUGUAUCUCUCUCUCGAAAGAACUGCUGAUGAAAAUAUCGCUCCCCCCUUCCUGCAGAUAAUGUGAUGCCGGUAAAUCCGACAACUGUCUCUCGCGCCCUGUUUAAGCGCCUCGUAUAGUGUCGCAACCAAUCGCUUCUAGCUCUCUACGACAGCCAACGGGAAUUGAGGAAAAUCCUUCUCCUUCUACCGAUGUAGAGCGAACCAAAUGCAGAUGCCUCUUUUAGGGCGAAUUUUCCUUAUUGUUUUUAAUUUUUUGUUCAUGCAAGACACUCAAGAGAGAGAGAGACACAGCAAACUAAAUCCGAGCAUCCAAUCGAUGGUUUGUAGAACGUGAAGAUAAUAGUCGGAAAUCCAACGAGAAAUCAUUCAUGAAACAGUAUAUAGAGUCCAAAGGAAAAUAGGUAAAGGCACUUGUAGAAUACCGAUCGCAGACAGCUGCGACCAAUAACUGUACAAUAAGAACCCCAUAAUUGUUGUUGAUGAUAAGUGGAAGAAGAGACGAGAGAACACACACAGGUAACACACAUCUAGCCAAUCGAUACGACCUAAAAUGGAAAGCAAAAUCUCCCCCUCAUCCUAGCGAAAGUAAUGAACAUACAAAGUAAAAAAAAAAAAACAUCAAAAGAACGGAAAACAAUUUAUCAAAAAUACGAGGUAACCAAAAAACAAACAAAUGAAUCAUCUCAAAGUAAAG